CUUCUUUUUUCUUCCUCUCUCUCAUCUCUCUCUUUCUCUCACUAGAGUAGCUACAAAAUAUAAAAUAUAUUUUUUUUUAGUUGUUGCUUAGGACUUUAAUUUUUAUAUGUUUUUUUAGUCUAAAGUUGAAACCUUUGUAUUCUUCUAUGUGAUGGUUGUGUGAAUUCUCUCAAGAAAACAAACCAAAGUCAUCUCUUUCCCACCCUUCAAUCUCAAACUCAUGGGAACAUCAACCACACCAAGCAAAAUCUAGGGUUUCACAACAUCAACUUCAUCAAGAGAGAGAAGCUAUAAUGGAGGAAGUUGAACAAGCUAGUAGAACAGCUGUUGAAAGCUGUCAUAGAGUUCUGAGUAUGUUGUCUCAACCAAGAGAUGAAGUUCAUCAUAAGAAUUUAAUGGUGGAAACUGGUGAAGCUGUGAAUAGGUUCAAGAAAGUUGUGUCUUUGCUUCAUGAUGGUAUGGGUCAUGCAAGAGUUAGGAAAUUUAGGAAUCAGAGACAAGUUCCUUUUCCUCAAAAUGUUUUCUUGGACAAUCCGGUUUGCAAGAAACCGAAUAACCAUCACACCAAGAAGGUUCACUUUAGUCAAAUUACUUAUCCUGAGAAUUCGGGUCAGGAGCUUGCAUUGAUCGUGCGAAACCCAAACACUUCGUUGGAAUUGAGCUCGAAUGGGAAAAGUCCUCUUCCCCUUGCUCAACAAGCUGGGUCGAGUCAGUCGACUCACUAUCAGUUCUUUCAGCAGCAGCAGCAGCAGAGGUUAAUGAUGCAGCAGCAGCAGCAACAGCACCAGCACCAGCAGCAGCAACAGCACCAGCACCAGCAGCAGCAACAGCACCAGCAGCAGCAGCAGCAAAUGAAGCAUCAAGCGGAAAUGAUGUUUCGAAGGAACAUUAACAGCAUAAACCUUAGCUUUGACAACACUACUAGUGGCACACCGACAAUGUCGUCUACUAGGUCUUUCAUUUCGUCGUUGAGCAUAGACGGAAGUGUUGCUAACUUGGAUGGAAGUCAGUUCCAUUUAGUAGGAGCUCCGAUCUCUUCGGAUCAGAAUUCGCAACAGCACAAGAGAAAAUGUUCUGCUAGAGGCGACGAGGGAAAUCUGAGAUGUGGCAGCAGUUCUAAAUGCCAUUGCUCAAAGAAGAGGAAGCAUAGAGUGAAGAGAUCAAUUAAGGUGCCUGCUAUCAGCAACAAACUUGCUGAUAUCCCUCCUGAUGAUUACUCGUGGAGGAAGUACGGGCAGAAGCCGAUCAAGGGCUCUCCUCACCCGAGGGGAUAUUAUAAGUGCAGCAGUAUGAGAGGAUGCCCGGCUAGGAAGCAUGUGGAGAGGUGCUUGGAAGAGCCUACUAUGCUAAUUGUUACCUAUGAAGGGGAGCAUAAUCACCCCAAGGUACCAACUCAAUCUGCAAAUGCAUGAACUAGAUGGAGAGGCUUAUCAUUCAAUUAGUCAAAACCUCUAUGUGAUUGAUUUGGCUUGAGAUGUUUCUGUACAUAUUUCAAGUGAUACAAGCAGGAUUGCAGAUUUUGGCUUUUGGAUAGCUUGGUUGAGGGGUCGUUUAUUUAGAGGGGGUGUCGAUGAAGUUUAUCGGUUAAGUGCAUUGAGUAUGUAAAAUUGGGUAGUUUUAAUUCGGAAAAACUAUUUUUAUUUUUCUUAAGUAUGUUAUAAACAUUUCAUGGUUCUUUAAAUUAAAUGGAAAUUUGUCUUUGGAGAA